AUGGAACAUGAAAUGAAUGUUAAUCUUGAAGUUAGCCAACAUUUAGAAGAAAAAUUAGCGGAUGAGGCCGAGGAUCGUCGCUUAGAGUGUGACAGCGACGAUGAGAUUUCCGAUGUUGGUGAUUUAUAUCAUUUGAAUAUUUCUCUCGAUCUUGCCAAUUGUGAUCUUACUGAGGCUGACGUUACAGAAGUAGAUCAAGAGUUUAUUGAUGCUUUGGUUGAAAUCGAAGGUCAGAAAGAAUUUCCAUGCACGAAGUGUGAUAAAAUAUGUAAAUCAAAAGGUGGACUAACAACGAGACAUAGCAACUCGAAACAGAGGCGAAAGUGUUGAUUCGGGUCACAGUUUAAUGAUAUUCAGUUGUGUAACUCGCGGAAUUUCCUGUCCCCCCAUGGUUAAUGCGCAUGCGCGAAGCAAAAGACCGUGUCAUGUGUUUUUUUUUGUCUGAAAGCAUAUAGGAAAAUAAAAAAUUUGGACACUAAAACUACGAUUUUAAAGAAUAUAUCCAUCAGGAAUGCUGGACUUACACAAAUUUUACAGGAAGGGAUGUCAUUCUAAAUUUUCCACAAGAAAAUGCCUUUAAGAAUCGGUUGAUAUCGACAAAAAAUGAAAUUAUAUGACUCGAGGAGUGAGAAGUGCCAUGGCCCAUGACGUCCAUGCUUCAAAUGUGAAUACGAAGAACAAAGACAAAGUUUCAGAAACUAUAAAAAGGUGUUUCCAACGUAAAGUCACAUCGAAAGCAUGUAAACUUUUAGCACUACAUCCUAGGAAUAACGAUGUAUGUUUGAAAAUAUUGUUUGGUUUUUGGUUAACACUAUGUCACUAAGCCUGAAGCCUCGAAUGAUGAAGUUUAAUUUUCGAUUGUUCGAACGUCAAGAACCCUUGUCAGUUUCGGGUGAGUUUCUUACUGUUCAUGUUGUUUUGGCUGUUUGGCAUGGAAGUUGCAGGAUAGUUUGGACUUAGGUUUAUAGAAGGCUAUAUUUUAAACCAAUGACACUGUAAAAUUGUUUUUUUAACUUUUUUUAAGUUUAACGCCGGUUCCUGCAGACGCGAAGAACAUAAACUGCGGAGAUUUUAGCCACUACAAAUCAAUUUAUAUCAAACAUGUUUAUGUUCCAGUUACGAAGUUACCACGAAGAGGAAUUGUGUUUUUACAUGUAAAUGUUUAAUUAAAAACAAAUGACUUUACAACAUUCUAAAUGGACAACUAUAUGGGAAAGGUUGGAUGUUUGGUUUUCUUCAAUAUACAGUAAAACAAAAUGAGUUUUUAGAAUUUAAUGUAGAGAGUCUAAUAUUUAAUAUACAGUAGUAUCAUAUUAUUUUUCAAUCCUGUGUAAUCAUAUAAAAGUUUAGGUACAAUUACGUACUAAAUAGUAUUAUAGUAAAAUAUAUUAACGAAAACUAAAUGCCUAUUAAUCUGUUUUGUUGUGAAAUUUGUCUUUUAUAUUUUGAACUAUUAAAAAAUUAUGUGUUCCAUACAAAUGUGUAUUUAAUGUGUAUGAAUAUAUAGUUUUUGUGGCAUGUACAUUUAGCUCUGUCGCCUAUGUGGUAUAUGUAUGAAAGGCUGCGAAUGUAAACAAAAUACUUGCAUUUACAGUGAUGUUAUUAAAUAAAAGGUAUAUAAAUAUUAUUUUCAGACUCUGGGCUGAGUACCCAUACUGUAAACCUCCGAAUAUAAGCCCUCCGAAUAUAUGCCGCCCCCCUGUGUACUAAUGCUCACCUCAUUCCAAAUAUAAGCCCCCCCCCGAAUAUAAGCCCACCUGUUUAUCACUAUUGUUUAUCACUUAAUUACCACUAUUUAUCACUAUUACUAUGUUUAUUACUAUUACACUAACACAAAAAAUCAUCCAUGUAUUAGCCCCCCCCUUGUAUAAUCCCAUCAAAAAUCGCUUACGAAAUAAUAUAAGCCCAGGGCUUAUAGUCGGAGGUUUAUGGUUCAGUUCCAUCAACUAGUACUACCACUGUGACCAUCAACAUUCCUUUAAGAAUUUGCGGGCUCAAACUCAUGCCGGCGGCCAUUUUUCGGGACGAAUAGAUUAGGUCAUCUGGAAAGUGUUUACAAUCCAUCAUAUAUUUAAACCAUCCUUUUAUAAAUAAAUCCUUGCUCUUUUUGUCUGAUUUUUAUGAGAAAUGUACCAAACAAGUAUUUUUAUCACUAUUUGAUGUAUUGCAUAAUAUGUAAACAAUAACAAAAGCCCACAAUGCAUGACCCUGACACUAAUCCUUUAAAUGAUUCAAGUACAGAGUCUUCAAAUUCAGUUAAUGAUGAUUAAGUUACAGGUAUUACACCAUGACUUCUUCUUCAAAGCAUCUCCUGCAAAAAAUAUUUUAAUCAAUUAGAUUUCUGAACAGUAAUUUAAAAAUGAAUUAAUCAAUGUCCCACUAAUAUUUAGGUCCAUCCUCAAGACCAAUGUAAAUUUAUUCUGGAACACAACAUAAUCCUGUUGAACCUACUAAUCAAGGUUAAGCUUUGUUAAGGUCAUUCACUUUAUAAUUUUUUUGUUGAACAUAAUUCAACUGUUCUGCUGAUCAGUGGCAUGUUAUUAAAUAAUAAAAAAAUAUCAGGGGGUCCCCAGUUCAAAAUUUUCGAAGGUCCCCCUAGUAGAAGUGCCAAAAGCACGAGUUGAGUGCCAUAUCAUGCACAAGUUUUCUAGGGGGUCCAGAGCAUGCUCGCAUGGAAAAUUCUUGAAUCUAGACUCUCUGAAAUGCCAUUUCCCAGACUUUGGGGAGAGAUUUUACAGACUUCUGAUGGUCAGAAAACGACAUUCUAACAUAUCAGAAACCCUGGCCAAUGUUUUUGCUCUACAGCCUGAGCCUGGGGGGCCCCAUUUGGCCCAUUGGGGUUGGGGGCCGCCGGGUUUGCCCGGUCCGAGCCAAUAGUAGUUAUGCCACUGCUGCUGAUUCAGACACAUUUCUGGUGACCAGGUACUCAAAAGAACACCAAGAAAGGACCUGUAAUGGACGAGAAAGACUACAAGCAUGAGGAAGUUGAGAAGAAUUUAAUGUCCAUGAAUGCACUGACAUAUGUUGCAGGAUACCUACUGCGAAAAUGUCUGGACAAACAGAAAUGCCUUACUUGUGCACAUAAGCUUACCCUGACCAACAGCAGCCAGCUACUGUGCUAUUUUAAAGCUUAUGAAAACAAGAGCACUGACUCUGGAGGACUGACUGGUCCUCAAGAUGAAUUUAUUCAGUAUGUCACUAAAAUAGAGAGCAAAGUUGUUGAUUAA